AUGCCAAUCAUUAAACAUUCAGCGAUACAAUUAAGAUCAGUUAAUAAAAUAAGAUGGUUCUCUUCAACAAUUUAUGCUAAUUUUACUAAUUUAAACAAAUUUCAUCAAAAUUUAACUGAUAAUCAUCGAUCUAGUUUAAUUAAAAUCGAUCUUGAAACUAUAGAUAAUGAUUCAAUAUAUUAUCCUACUAUAUCAAAAUUUAGAAAAGAAAACCCAAACUCCAAAUUAAUAGAUAUACACAAUUUUAGAAAAUUGUUUGAUAAUGCCGUGCCAGUCAAUGUGAAAAAUGAAUAUCUUAUUGAAGGAAGAAUUAAAAGUAUACGAAAGUCGGGGAAAGGAAUGUAUUUUAUUGAUAUUACUCAUAAUAACGAAAGGUUACAAAUCUUAGCAUCUAAUAACUUGAUGAACUUAUCACUUGAAGAAUUUGAUAUAAAACAUGCUUGGUUUAAAAUAGGAGAUAUCAUUGGUUGCAAUGGUGUUGUAUCUAGAACAAAAACUGGAGAGCUUACUUUAAAAUUAAAUAAACCUAUCAGAUUAUUGACUCCAAGGUUAAAAGAAAUUCCAGAUAAAAUUACAGACAAAUCAUUAAUCAAUAGAAAUAGAGUUUUAAAUUAUUUAUCAAAUCCUGAUUCAAAAAGAUUUAUUAUAAUCAAAUCACAAAUUAUCGAGACAAUACGAAAUUUUUUGAUAAAGAAGAAUUUCCUAGAGGUUCAAACUCCCUUAUUAAUUGGAAGUGGAACAGGUGCAAAUGCAAAUCCAUUUGUAACAAAAUAUAAAGACUCUCAAGUUCAUUUAAGAGUUGCUCCAGAACUAUGGUUGAAAAAACUUGUUAUUGGCGGUUUUGAUAAAGUUUUCGAAAUUGGCACAAAUUUUAGAAAUGAAGGAAUAGAUCAGACCCAUAAUCCAGAAUUUACAUCUUGUGAGUUUUAUCAAACAUAUACAAGCUUAGAUCAAUUGAUUGAAUUAACUGAAGAACUAUUUAAUGAAUUAUUUUUAAAAUUUGAUAUCAUGAAAAGUGUAAAAUUUAUUAGAUACGAAUUUCUACCUACAUUAGAAUCACAAACUGGUUUAAGUUUUCAAGAUUUAUCUUUGAAUAAUUUGAUUGAGAAUUUUCAUAAGCUUAAUUUGCAAGUCCCACCAAAUCCAAACCCAGCAAACUUAUUAAAUCAGCUUAGUGAAAUUUACCUUGAGUCUUUGAGUAUCACUAAACAUAAAGAUAUACCAGUCGUGAUUUACAACCAACCAGAAAUCUUAUCUCCACUAGCAAAAUCAAUGAAAGAUGAAAAUGGAAAUUCAAUUUCAUUAAGGUUUGAACUAUUUGUCAAUGGUAAAGAACUUGUCAAUGCAUAUGAAGAAGAAAAUAACCCAGUGAAGCAACACGAAAAGUUCAAAUUGCAACAAUCAAAUAAAAUUGAGUUCAACGAUGAAGAACUGUUAAUACCAGAUUGGACUUAUAUUCAAACAAUGGAAUAUGGUUUACCACCAACUGGAGGGUGGGGAUGCGGUAUUGAAAGAUUGACAAUGCUCAUCAGUAAUGCUGAAAGAAUAGAUAAUGUUUUAUCCUUUGGAAAUUUACGAGAUGUAAUGAAACAGUAA